AUGCCUUCUCGACGACAUCAACAGCCCCAGUUGCAGGUUCCCGUCCUCCCAACAUUCCCCCUCUCAUCACCCAUCAGCGAGGAAAUCUCGAGUCCGUCGUGUUCAUCUGCAGAGGAUAGGGAUUUGGAGCGCAACAGACCAUUUGACUUCCUAGUCAAAGCGACGAAACACAAGAUCGAAUUGAAAUCGGGAAAAGAUGGGAAUGGGAAUGGGAAUGGGAACCGCUCGCCUAACUUGUCUCAGCGAGACCAUCACAAAAGACACAGUAUUCGGGGUAUCACGAAGAAACGGAAGAAUGUCGCCAAACCCGUGGGAUUGAAUCUGGUUACGGAUUUUUCACUCGCGGCGCCGCCGAAGAAACAGGUCGAUAAUGGAGGACCCGCGCCAUUCGUUGAUUUGAAUGAUCUCAAGCUGUUGUCAAAGGACCGGGCGAAGGAACGGUCUGGACAGACGAAGGGCUUGACGAGUACGAAUGAUGAUGAGAUCUUCGAGAUCACGAACUUUACGAAUAUCCCGAAUAUCUCCAGAAAGAGAGCUUCGUUUCACCAGCUUCCCGAGGAGACUAGCCGGAUACAAAGCGAAACUGGAAACCCGUUUCUGGACCCGAAGGUUGUUGAGAAUCCCUUCAGCGAUAGAUUCGAUCAUGGCUUGUCCCCUUCCGAUCGACAUGUCAUGAUCGGUCUAUCAGUGCCUCGUAACGAGUCCUUGCAUCAUACGAGGGAAAUUGAUAGCGCGGGGACACCACUCACCCCUUCGAUUAUUGUUACUCCCGCUCGUGAGGAUGCGCCUUGGUCGACGUCAAGUCCGGAGGGUCUACGCCCUCGUGCAACAUCCAGUAUCUAUUCUCAACCCACGCCUCGCCUUUGGCAGAAUGGCCCUGAUAUCCCUCCGGUACCGGCCAUACCGGCCGAGCACUCGAGAAAAGCGGCCGAGUCGGAUUUUCUGGGCGCCCAUUUCGCGGCUAUGACUCGUAAACACAGGUCCAUGUCUGCGGAGACUAUCAUUGAGGACGACAUUCCGGACCGGACGCAUGUGCAUGAACCUCUGGAGGAUAACGACCAAGCUCCCCUGACCAGACUCAGUGUUAACACCCAGGCCCUCAGACCUGAAUCCCAGGGUUGGUGGACGUAUUUGCUUUCUCCGCUGCUCGGAAAAAAGUCACCUCUCAGUCCAUCGUUUCCUCGGAGUACUGCUCCCAUUACGUCAAGUACAAAGGAACCACGCAAGCUCGAAUGGUGGGAGAAAGAAGUCUCUUGUUUUUCUCCAGAAACACCAGAGUCGGCCGUGAAGAGCUCAUGGCAAGAAGAUAAGAAGAGUCUCGAGCAGUCUCGUUCUCUUGGAGGCAAUGAGGAGCCGGACUCCUCUUCAGCCAAACGGCAGACCACUACGUCGAUGAUAUUCGGUGGACGAGCUAUCCAGGGCGAAGCGGCGGAGUACUAUCAGGCUUGUGCACAUGAACUAUUCAGCAAAACGGAAACGCCCUAUUUCGAAUGUCAUAAUCAUAUCUGCUCGAUUACGCCGGCGGCUGUUGUUGCGGCGAUUUAUGCUGCGCAAUUCAAGGCUGAUGAAGGGGAGACUCGAGAUCGGGGUUUGAUAUUUGCUGAAGCUCAGGCACAUGAGACGAGUCGCAGUUUGCCUCAACACUCUGGUGGGAAUAAGGGUCUUUUGAUUGAUAUUGACUCGCCUACGGAAGAUGGGUCAAAGGGUCUCGGGGAUUCAAAAGAGAUUGAUUCACCUGCGUCGACUGCUUCCUCGGAUUCUUGGUCCUCGAGUAUCACCGACGAGGAUGAGGUUGACCAUGGGAAAGCCCUGCCUGGACCACCACAGGGUGUGACUAGAGGAGUCGUCCCUGAUGUCCCAUCUGAGCAACCUAUCCACCCUCCCCCUGCUGCGGUGCCAGUUCAUGAGCCCGUCCCAGCACCCACAGCUUUCAUGCCUGAACCACCUCCACCCGGUCCAAUUCCAGUAGCUCCUGCAGUUAUGCCCGAGCCCCCAUCACUGGUACAACCGCCACCUCCCCAGAUCAUCAACACAAUUUCACCGCCGGUAAAUAACAUUCACUACAUGCCUCAACCUGUCGCAAUGCCUCCGGAAUCUGCUCCGGUAGAAAGGGCAGCUCCUCAGUAUGCUCCUAUGUUUCCUCCCGUGAACGAGCCCCCGCCUCCAGUCCCAAUGCCUCGAGAGCAGUCUCGAGGGUUGAGCGAGUGGCCAUUCGUGCCUCCUGCAGCGCAUACCCCAAUGCAUGAGGAGUCAACCAGGGCUGCCCCAGUCCCUGUUCCUGUAGGAGGACUACCAAAGUCCGAGUUGCAGCAGGAAAAUCAUGUACCACCACCGAUUCCAAACCACAAUGAGCCAAUAUCACCUGCAUUUCAACGUGCUGCUGCAGGGGGCCCGGGUGCCAUUCCAAUGAGCUCGAUGAACGAAGUACAAGCUCCGGCUCCGGCAUACACUCAAAAUCCUCGGGAUGAAGCAGCUCUACCCCCACGCUAUGCCCUUCAUCCCGCCCCCGGGGCCGCCAUCAUGAACUCCACCGGCGAUGCAGGGCCGGGAGAAGCUCGACGUCAGCGACUAGAACGGGAAGACGCAAUUGGCAGAAAGAUUGGCGGGUUCUGGCGCGGGCGAGCCUGCUUCCCCAAGAAAGGUUGCUUUGGGCGUCCAGGACGCGAAGGUCGAACGAAACGCCGCUGGUACUUUUGUAUCUGCAUGUUCUUCCUGAUCAUUGUGGUUCUAGCCAUCGUACUAGCACUCACAUUGACCAGAAAGGGCGACACAACCCAAGUGCAGUCAAAUUGGCUCAAUCUAACGGGUUACCCACCCAUGCCAACGGGUAUCUCCACUGUCGCCGGUGCAGAGCCUCAGGUCCAAAAAUCCACCUGUAUCAAGCCCUCAUCACUAUGGAGCUGUGCUCUUCCCAAGGGCCAACAAUCCGAUAACCAGCCCUACGCCGCGAACGAACCUAACUUCCGACUCGAAAUCCGUUUCCGCAAUGGAACAUACAAUCACAGCACAGUUCCGCUCUCAAGCAAAACCCGUCGAGAUGCGAAUUCCUGGGAUCCAUCACCGUCACCACCCAGCCUCGCAGACCAAACUUUCCUAGGAAAUACAACAGAUGGGAACUCCCUCCCCUACGCCGGCGAGGAAACACCCUUCUACAUGACCCUCCUCUCUCCACUAAAAAUCACAUCCACAUCAAACACCAACUCCCUCUCCCGCCGCUCCGCAACAAACGACACAACAACCUUCCCAAACCUAACAGCCGUCAUCCCAGCUCCAGCCGAGAACUCAGACGGCACAGCCGCAGCCGCAACUCUAUACCCACUCCCAGAAUCCCAACCCGUCCGCCUAUACAACCGCGGCCAAGACAACGAACACUACGGAUUUUACACAUACUUCGACAAAUCAAUCUUUCUCGCCUCCCGCGCUCCCUUAAACGGCUCCGCAACCGAUUUAUCCCCCCUAGACACGAACGGUGGCUCAACCGAAUCCGACGCCGUCGUCCGCUGCACAUGGUCCCAGUCCCGCUUCCUAGUACAAAUCUGGACUCAACCGUCUAAAAUGGGCUACAAUCUACUCAAAAACGGUUCGAAUAGCUCAACCACAGCUACAUCUACGAGUGCCGCGGCAACGCCUACCUUAUCGUCAACAUCAUCCUCCUCGGCAAGUGAUUUCACUCGGCCCGGCUCAUUCCCGUAUCCGAUUAGUAUCACGGUUGAUCGGCACGGUGGGGCGGAGAAGAAAAAAUUGCUGUACUGUUAUGGUAUUGAGAGUGAUCAGCAUUAUAAUAUUACGGAUCGGAAGUUGCAGCUUGAGGAUCGGGGGUUUGGGGGGACGCUUGUUAAUCCUGCGUCGGGCAUUUUUGAUGAUUUGGAUGGGGAUUCGAGUUCGGGGUCGAGUUCGAAUUCGACAACUGGGUAUGGGGGUGUUGAUGGGGGUAGUGGGGGGUGUGAGUGUCUUUGGUCGAAUUGGGUUAAGAAGUCUUGA